UAUACAAGAUGCUACUCAAGGGAUCUAUGUGUCCACAGUAAUGACAAUCAUAUAUCAGACAAAUUGAGUUGGGAUAUUCAUUUCAAAAGCUUCAAAUCAGACGAUGGAACGUCGUCAUUAUCAGCAUGCACUGGUUUCAAGGAAUUCCUUUUUGUGUCACAAAAGCGUUACCAUGGUUACUGUAUUUAUCAUCAUAUCAGUUAAUCUGAGACAAACUGUUGUCGGUGAUGAGGUAUUCCGUCUCGGGAACGAUGCAACCAUCAAAUUUUCGUAUUUAUUUACUGAUGAUUAUAAACACAGUUGGGAGAUCUUUAGAGUGGGCAUCAGUGAUCCGUUUAAUACAAAUGGAACCAUGAAACCAGAUGCUCUGAAUCCCUCGCAAAGAGAGCGAUUUAAUGUCAGUGCUAUGUGGGGGACAGAUUAUUUGAGUGUUCAUCUGCAUAUUCGCAACAUCACGAAAUUAGACAGAGAUGUAUAUGUAUGGGCUGUGAAGAGCCAUGGGGCUGGAGGCAAACCCUCGGUCUCAACAUUUGAUGUAUUUGUAGAUGUUAUAGUACCACCGGGAAAAGCACGAUGUUUAAUUCGUAAAUCAGUUUAUUCAUCUAACUUGCGUGAAGUUCAUUGCGUCGCAACAGUAGAAAGUGAUAGAUAUGAUGGAGGGGUACAGCUCGUCUGUUUCCAGAAUAGCGAGAAAGCAACAUUUCAGAGUGCACCUGUUCAAACAUCAAUCCAUGUGAGAGGUGUAUUUUGGAUGAUUGCAAAGCACGCUAUCAGGUGCUGUUCGCAGGAAGGUAACUUUGUGAAGGUUCCAGGAGAUUGCAAUGACUUUUUACAAGACGCCCUCAUUGAACCUGAUAUUAAACGAUCGACGACAAGAGUACCACUUUCAACAACUUUCAACUUCGUAAUGAGUAGUGAAAAAACUUGGUCUGUGUCACCCAAUGAGAAUGAAAUUACCUGGUACUCUGCUACAUCUAAAGUAGAAACUGAUUCCUCCAAUCAAAGCGUUUGUCCAAAAUAUAUUCCAAAAUAUUAUUUCUACGUACCCUUGAUAUUGACAUUUAUUUUAUUAAUAAUUUCCAUCGGUUUUAAUGUGAAAUUCGUGUUAAAGAAUAAAUGUGGGACUCGAGCAUAGCAAAAUUAAUAAGUGAACCGACGUAAUGCUGAAGGUCUAUUCCACUAUACAACUACGUAUAGUUUUACCAGAACCCUUUGUAAAUUAUUAUUUCGUAAACAUGGAAUGAGCAAUCAGGAACAACACAGUGUUCAAUCUCCCCGACACCUUUUACGGCGGUUUUCUUUCAAUUCUACAGCUUUCAAAUAACCUACGUUGCACAUGCUGAUAUUAUAUGGCAUUCCGGGUAUGGUAUCCGUCAUCCGUUCUUCUGCUCCCGGAAGAAUUACUUCAUCAACAUAAAUUUGAGCUUCAUUCUAUUUCAGUGACGACAGAUCUACCUCCAUGGCUUGAGAAACAGAAAAAGUUUGAUUUGAUUUUAUAAAAUGGCUACCGAAAAUACGCCUCUCAUUACCACGGUGAUCGUGGUGAUAAGAUUUUUGCAGCCAAAGUUCCCCUUCGUUACCUCUUUCAUCAAAACAGUGGAAUGUCUUUAGAAGAGACGAGUCAGACGACAAGGCAUCAUCUGAUGCCUGGCCCAUUAGAAUGGUGGACACUAGCUAAAUUACAUCAUGUACAGUGAACUUUGAAAAUGAACCUUUUACAAGUAAUAAACUUUUCAUCAAAGAGAACACUAACCAACAACGCAAGUCUUGUUCUCAUGAAUCACACUCCUAAAUAAUGUCUUAUUUAUUUUAAGGCCUACAUUUAUAGUGAAAAUCUAUAAUCCUUUUCACGGUUACACUUAGCAAUUUCGAAGGUUCGUAACUCCGAAAGUACUUUAGUCCGAAGGUUCGUAAUUCCGAAAGACGUAAAUUGCC